UCCUUCAAGCUGUCAGUCUGCUUUUGGUCUGCCUGACCUAUGAUCACCACCAUGUCUGAGAUGCAGGUCUUCUACCAGCCCCGUCACAUCAUUCAUCACUCCCCGGGUCUUUUCCUCGAUCCUAGCCUCAUACAGCGCCGCGUGCUUGAUGAUCAGGUGGAGUUGUGGUGGUUCAGAGACCCCCGCCGCUCCCUGUUGUGUUACUGCUCAUCAGUUGCACUCAUCUUGGGUCUGGGACUGGGCGGCGUCGGCCUCCUCUCCACAACCACCAGCCUGUCAGGGGAGUGGCGCCUCGGGGUGGGCACCACUCUCUGCCUCUUGGCCCUGGCUGUUCUCCUCAAGCAGCUUCUAAGCUCAGCCAUCCAGGACAUGAACUGUGUGCGCAGCCGCAGACGAAUUGAGCAGAUGAAGAGUGGUGGGAGGGCGGAUCCAGCGCUCAUGUUAGCUGUGGGCCUGGCAGUGAUGCUCUGUGGGACUGUGCUGCUCUUUGUGGCCACAUCUGGCAGACGUGGUCAUGAUAAAAAUGAGAUGUUGGUGUCCAGUCUGGUGCUGAUGGCAGCUGGGACAGGCAUGGCUCUGGCUGUGGUGGCAUACAGCGUCCUGGUCUACCUUAAGAGAAGAAGGGAGCAGAGGAGGAGGAUGUUGUUGAGGAUGAGCAGAGCUAGGAGGCUGGGGAGUCAAGCGAUGAGAGUGUUCAGUGUGUCUGGAGGACAGAUGAGCCAGGCCAUGAGAGACACUUCCAGCAGAACCAGUCUCAUCUGAAUGGACUGAAUGAACAAAAUAACAACUUUUUGAUACACAUGUGUUGCUAUGAUUGAAAUAAAACCCCAGAUGUCAAAUC